AUGAAGUUCUUCAGCCUAUUCGUCUUUGUCCCAUGUGCUGUCGCGCAUCACACGCGACAGUAUGAGGCUCUUCAAGCAGCUCCCGGCGACCUCAUGCCGCGCUUCUUUAUCGAUCGCUCGUUUCCCUUGGCCAAGCGCGCGGACUGUGGUUCCGAUCACCAUAACUGCCUUGAGAUUGGCUUCCCCGAUGACUGUUGCGAGAACGACUCUUACUGCUACGUCAACGGAAAAGGUGAUCCUAAAUGCUGUCCCAUAGGCUCUAACUGCUCCAACGACUCUCCAUGCGGCUCGACGGCGUACUUCUGCACCCGCACCGUCACCUCGGGCGGAACUGCCACAGCGCUACAGGGCUGCUGCGAUCGUAAGUGUCCCAGGACGAGUCUCUAUCUCUGUCCCAGCAGUCUCGGUGGGAACUGCUGCGGUUACAACCAAGAGUGCCGCGCCGGCGGCAAUUGCGCUUCUACCAAAGCUGCCUCUAGAACAGACCUUUUAUCCCCCAUACCCUCAGGUUGCACGACCUCCCAGCAUAAAUGCUCAGAUGGAGCUGGCUGUUGCGAUAAUGACCAAGACUGCACCCAAGUCAGCGGAGAGGGAUAUUGUGCUCAAGCAACACCGACGGAAAGCGGCGUUACCAUCGUUGACGACAACGACGAUGGCGGUGGCGAUGGCGGACUAUCAGAUGGGGCAAAGGCGGGUAUUGGUGUUGGUGUCGUCGUGGGAACAGGUAUCAUUGUCGCAGGACUUGCGUGGAUGUGCCUACGCAAGCGAAGACAACAGCGAACUGCGACAGGACCGUCAGCAUCAGGCGAUGUAGAUGGCAGCGGUCCCCCGCGUGAUACUAUGACAGAUAUCUCAGGGAGCCACGCUCGAACAGGGCUGACUCGAGACUACUUUGGCCCCGACCCAGCAGCAGGACCGUAUACAGAGCAGGCCAGCUCACGGGUCACUUCACCCGGGAGAGAAGCUGCAGUGCCGAUGCAUGCACAAGGACCAGGCGAUAUUGCGGCACCAGUCGAAAUCGAUUCAACGACAAGAGAAGGCAGUGAUCUUCUGUCACCCAUGACCAGUCCAAGUCUGUAUCAGACACCGCUCUCCGAAACGAUGGAUGGCCGCUUCGAACUAUACGGUAACGAGUCAGCUAUAACUCCAGACCGUCCGUUGUCAAUCGUUCCGACACCGCCACAGAGCGUCAUGGGGGAUAAGGCUCCACAGCGAGAGUAA